CGGGGCACGUCGUGGAGGGGGCGGGGUCCCGGGGCUGGAGCAGGGUCCGCGCGGAGCCUCCCGGGCGCUGGGGAGGGACGGAGGGGAACUCCGCGCGCCCCGUCAAUCAUGUUCCGCUACCAGUCUCUUGAGGAUUGCCCUUUAGAUGAGGAUGAAGAAGCCUUUCAUCAUUUGGCUGAGGAAGAUGAAGAUAUUGACCAGUUCAAUGAUGACACAUUUGGAGCCGGUGCCAUUGAUGAUGACUGGCAGGAAGCCCAUGAAAGGCUGGCGGAGCUGGAAGAAAAGCCUGCGUCCUCGGGAGAGCAAGUGGAUCAGGGAGUUACGGAUGAGAUGGACCUGCUGGGGGACCAUGAAGAGAAUCUGGCAGAGAGGCUGAGCAAGAUGGUGAUUGAUAAUGAACUGGAAGAUCCUGCCAUCAUGCAGGCUGUGCAAACACGGCCCGUGGUGCAGCCGGGUGGCCUCAGUUCGAGCAUCUGGGAUGGCCCUUCAGUUCUCAGGCGCAUUAGAGGUCCCCUUCUCACUCAGGAAGUGCCCUCCGUAUCGGUGUUGGAAUAUGCUCUACCACAGAGACCUCCACAGGCCCAAGAAGAAGAGCAGGAUGUCUCGGAGCGGGCACUGCCCAGGCGAUCCUCCUCACCAGUCAUUGGUAGCCCUCCUGUUAGGGCUGUUCCCAUUGGGACACCACCUAAGCAGCCCACCAUGCCCACCUUCAACCAGCAGAUCCUGUGUCCAAAGCCUGUUCAUAUCAGAGUCCCAAUUCAGCAGCGUUACCCAAGCCCAUUCAAUGAGAGGAUGUCUCCAAACCAACUCUGCAAUAUGACGAACUCUUCUCUCCUGGGCCACCCAUUCCCUCCCAGCGUAACUCCUGUUCUCACCCAUCUUCAAAGAGCACAGCUGCUAGGAGGAGCGCAGGCAGGGAGGAUGUCUCCCAGCCAGUUUGCACGGGUCUCUGGACUUGUUAGCAGCCCUCUGGCUUCCAUGAAUCCCAAACUCCUCCAAGGCAGAGUUGGGCAGAUGAUGCCUCCAUCCAGUGGGUUUCGUGCCUUCUUUGGGGCCCCACCUCCACCAUCAUCACAACACCACUCCCCAUGCCCUGGAGCCCACUUGCAGAAUCUAAGGCCUCCACCACAGAUGUUCAGGCCAGAUACAACCCACCUUCACCCGCAGCACCGGCGACUCUUACAUCAGAGGCAGCAGCAGAACAGGAAUCAGCACCGGAAUAUAAAUGGGUCAACUGGGGACCGAGGGAACCACCGAAUUAACCAUCAAGAGCAGAUCAGGAAAGACCCAUAUGCCAAUCUCAUGCUGCAACGGGAAAAGGACUGGGUGUCCAAGAUCCAGAUGAUGCAACUGCAAAGCACUGAUCCAUACUUGGAUGAUUUCUACUAUCAGAACUAUUUUCAGAAGCUGGAAAAGUUGUCUGCAGCUGAGGAGAUGCAUGGUGAUGGUCCAAAAAAAGAGCGCACUAAGUUAAUCACCCCACAAGUGGCAAAGUUAGAGCAUGCCUACAAGCCAGUGCAGUUUGAAGGCUCCCUGGGGAAACUCACCGUCUCCAGUGUAAAUAACCCUCGGAAAAUGAUUGAUGCUGUUGUGACGUUACGAGGUGAAGAAGAUGAGACAAAGGAGAAACAAGUUAGAGAUAAAAGACGCCACACUCUCUUCAUGAUUGAGAAGACUUAUAGCCUCCUCCUGGAUGUAGAAGACUAUGAGAGGCGUUACCUCUUAAGCCUGGAAGGUGACAGGCUAGCUUUGAUGGAGGAGAGGAAGCAGAAGAUAUGUGACAUGUAUGACAAUCUGAAGGGAAAAACACCCAACCAGGAGAGCAGGCCAAGCGAUGAUCCUUUUGUGCAGAUUAUGUGCAUUCGGAAAGGAAAACGUCUGGUAGCCCGGACCCUCCCUUUCUUGUCCACUGAACAAGCAGCAGACAUACUUAUGGCAACAGCCAGGAAUUUGCCCUUCCUAAUCAAGAAGGACGCUCAGGAUGAGGUGCUGCCCUGUCUACUGAGGCCCUUCUCGCUUGUUCUCUACCAUCUUCCACUGGGAACAGUGGCCAGCAUCCUGCGGCAGCUAAUGAAUCUACCUCAGAACACAACAGCAUCUGCCCCUGCCAACCUGCAUCUAAUGGCGGUGCUCCAGAACAAGUUUGGCCUCUCCCUCCUGUACCUGGUCUUGAGCCGUGGUGAAGAACUGCAGAGUUCAGACACAAAUGCAGAGCUCACACAGGACAACCAGUGGACGGAAUUAAUGUUCAUGGCAACUAGAGAGCUGCUCCGAAUCCCCCAGGCAGCCUUGGCUAAGCCAGUGUCAACUCCCUCCAAUCUCUUAUCCCUCUUCUCUCGCUAUGUCGAUCAGCAGAAGCUGAAUGUGCUAGAAACAAAAUUGCAAUUGAUUCAAGAAAUACGGUAGAAGGCCUCAGAUGCUGUUAUGCUGGUUUCCUUCAUUCAUCGCUGCCACCUCCAAAGUAUUUUAGUGGGCAAAGAGGAGGCAGUGCCUUCUCUGAGUAAAUCCUUGUGGGAUUAUGUUUCUGGCCCAGCACAGAAGAUUGCUCUCUUGCUCUGAGCUUGGCUGGGGAUGUGCUUUUCUUCUCCACCCCCUCAUUGCUGGUUUGCUGUUCUGCAUGUCCUCUUUUCCCAUCACAUUUUCAUAAAGAUUUUCCUUCCCUUCCCAGACCCAGGUUUUCCACCACUCUGCUGCUAGGCUGACAGAGAGUUCUGCCUGUCUGCUCUGUUGCUAAGAUCACUGGCUGUGUGUGCGGGGCGGGGGUACCUAAUCUAGCUCUGUGUCCCUUAAUGGUGGUAAUUGAGAGACCAGAUGCUUCUGUGUCUCUUCUAUGUUGGAGUGCUUAAAUGCUUUUGAUUGGCCCACUGGUAAUCUUUCUCCUCUUCCAGUGCCAGAUACCAUAUUUAUAGCAACACCUGCUCCCUACAAAAUAGUAACCUUUCUUAACCUUGUGAUGAAGCAACAUCAGUUUUGCACAUUUGUCUAGUCUUCCUGAGACUUAUUUUCUGAGUUCUUUGUCUCUGACCUACAUCUUUGCUUCUCGCUCCAGCUGGCCAAGAUCCCCUGUAGACUAACCAAUAAGGUACCAGGAAUGAAUUCACCUGGAACAGAUUAAUCUUAGUGAAUUAUAAACUGCUAGAUCCUGCUGUUUUCUUGCUACUUUUUUGGAAUGUGGUGAGAUUUUAAUUUUUACUUUGCUUUUAAAAAACAAUUUGCACAAGUAGGUAUUCUCCAGCCAGUAAAUCCCUAUUACUAACUGGUGGCCUCUCCACACUAUUUUCCUUACAUCUUCCUUCCUCCUCUCCUUUCAGAUUUCUACCACUUAUUUUCCUUUAUAUUUUCUUAUCUUUUCUUGAUCCCUUCUUCCCCCCUUACUCCUUUCAGUACACACGAUCAAGUGGUCCAUUAUUAUUAUUAUUAUUAUUAUUGUGCUUUUACUUUGGUUUGGUUAUGAUUAAUGAAAAAUUUCUAAAUUUACAUUUUUAUAGGGUAUUGUAAAUAAAAAAAAUUCUAUACUUGUGGA